UUCAAUUAAUAAGUCAGUUAGCAAUCGACCGCUGUGUUUAACUCACGUACACUAUAUUGGCGACUUGUGAUUUUUUAUUUAGACUUACUAAGCGUGUGAAUUAUAGAAGUGCAUUAUGCCUAUAGAAAUUGGAUAACUUGAUUUAUUUAUUUAUUUAAGGACCUCUAACGAAGGAUUUGUUUUCUGGACAGUGGACAUCACAUGUUUGUCGUGAAGAACGCGACGUAUGCUGAUGAAAUUGUAGACGUGUUUAGAUCAAAAUUUGGUAUGGCAAGAGUGGCAGGUGCACGUGACUUCGACCCCAGCGGAGGCAGGCGGGCCUGCUCUGCUGUCGUGCAUGGCGCCAGCAGCUCUGAGGGAACACGCGUCAGUCGCGGCCUGGUACCGGGACGACGCUGUGCUGCCGGCCGCUGAGCAUCUUUCCGGAGCCACACUCUUGGUCGACGACGGCUGGCGGCUGGUGGUGCGAGCCGUCCGAGCCGACGACACGCGUGCGCAGUACUCCUGCUCCGUGCUGGACGCGCUCACCGGCGAGCGCCGCCGCAGCACGCCGGUCAACAUCGACGUUGCUCCGAUGAGUGUGGCGUCCGCUCCCCGGGCCAUCUCGCAUGUGCAGUGGGACGCCAGCGUGCGCCGCGGCGGCGAUGUGGUGCUGCCCUGUCUGGUGCACGCCAACCCGCCCGCCACCAUCACAUGGUACAGAGAGACUGCAGGAGGAGUUCUCCGCGAAGUAAGAGAUGGCGAGGGCGGUGGAAGGUACACGAGAACCCACGAGGCUCUGGGCAUCCGCCGCGCAGAGGUGGCGGACGGCGGCCGCUGGGCAUGCAGAGCGGCUAAUGCACACGGGCAUCUCACACUGCGGCUGCAUCUAGCUGUACGCGCACAUCUUACUGCGCAUGCACAGCCGCAUACACAGAUGGUGAACAGCGGUGGUACCGCCACCAUCAACUGCACAUGGGGUGGAUGGCCUGCUCCACGACUAGAGUGGCUCCACAACGGCGUGCCGCUCGGCGCUGGGGUCGCUGGCGGAAGGAUCAGGGUCUUGAGCAAUGCUGAGCAGCUGGUCAUCACUGCCGUGCAUAGGGGAGAUAAGGGAGUGUACCAAUGUGUGGCCAGGAAUGAGAGGGACUCGGCUCAGGCCAGUGCUGAGUUGAGGCUUGGAGACACGGCGCCAGAACUCCAAUACACGUUUAUCGAGCAAGUGUUGAGGCCAGGACAAGUAGUCACCCUAAAAUGUUCAGCGGCAGGGUCCCCGCCUCCGCACUUCACUUGGAUGCUGGAUGGACAGCCUUUAAACACCAUGGCUAGAGGACAUAGAUACAGCGUAGAGCAGUUCGCUACAAAGAGCAACGACGUGGUAAGCUACCUGAACAUCUCGUCUGUGAGAUCGGAGGACGGAGGUCUGUACACGUGCAGAGCGGCUAACUCCUUGGGAGAGGUCUCUCAUACCUCUAGACUAAAUAUUUACGGUCCACCGUACGUAAGAUCGAUUGGACCAAUCAGAGCCGUGGCUGGUAGAGAGCUGGUCAUGUACUGCCCUUACUCUGGAUAUCCCAUUAGUUCCGUGAAGUGGGAGCGAGAUGGAAGCCCAGUAGAAUGGGACAGCAAUAUCGAUGGAGCUCUGAGGGUAGCGAGGGUGGAGCCGUCCCAAGCUGGUGCAUACACGUGUGCAGUGAUGGGACCACACGGAGAAAUAGCCAGAAGGGAACUGCAGCUUGUCGUUAGUAAUCCACCAGAAAUCGAGCCAUUCUCCUUCUCCGCAAACCUCCAAGAAGGCAAGCGAGCCCAGGUGAGCUGCAGCGUCACCUCAGGAGACAUGCCCGUGCACUUCACCUGGCUUAAGGACAACGGGCCCAUACCCUCGAGUCUCCAGGUCGAAGAGCGGGGAGCGGAUUUUUUCAGCAACUUGGUGUUCAAAGAAGUGUCAGCCCGACACAGCGGGCUGUACACUUGCGUGGCAUCUAACACGGCGGCGAAGGUUAACUAUACCGCCGAGCUAGUGGUCAAAGUAUCACCGAAAUGGGUGAUGGAACCGUCAGACGAGGCGGUGUUGGCCGGGGAACCGCUCGCGCUACACUGCCAGACCACCGGCUCUCCCACUCCGCAAAUCACUUGGCUUAAACAGAGAGGAGGCACAGCAUCAUCAGACUACAUACCUCUAGUGAAUCUAGGAGGGCGAUUCCAGUUCCUACCAAACGGGACCUUGUGGAUCGAGUCAGCCCUGCCUUAUGAUGAGGGACACUACAUGUGCAAGUCGGAGAACGGGGUGGGCUCCCCGCUCACAAAGACUAUUUUUGUCGCUAUAAAUGAGCCGGCGCGUUUCGAGCUGACGUCGCACAACAUGUCGGCGCGCCGCGACGCGCCCGCCACGCUCGCCUGCGACGUGCGCGGCGACAGCCCCAUCCGCCUCACCUGGACGCACAACAUGAACCAUCUAGAUCUUAACACUUAUAGACUAAGCAUCUCGGAAGCGAAGACUGACAGUGGUUUAAGGUCGCAGCUGUACAUCAGCCGCGCGGACCGGCAGGACUCCGGCGUAUACAAGUGCCAGGCCGUCAACGCGUACGGACACAGCGACCAUUAUAUUUAUCUAUCCGUCCAAGAAAAGCCCGAUAUCCCCCACUCACUGUCAGUGACGGAGAUCCUGUCGCGGGCAGUGCGCCUGUCCUGGAGUCAGGGGUUCGACGGGAACAGUCCCCUGAUGGCCUACACGCUGCAGUAUAGCGCACUGUCGGCCCAGGGCAUUCGGGGGAGCCAGUGGGAGUCAGCACAUAGCGUGAACGUGUCCGUCCAUGGAGCUGCGCCUUCACAUGUCACGUUGACCAAGAAAGGUGACAUCCAUUACGAAGCUCUGCUAAGCAACCUCAAACCGCACACCGCCUACAUGCUCCGGAUAGCAGCCAUCAACCAGAUAGACCGGAGUGCCUUCACUGAACCAGUCGUGGUAAAGACACAGGAAGAAGCCCCAUCAGAACCUCCCUCCAACGUACACGUGACUCCCGGAGGUCCAGGAGAGCUGCACGUGUCUUGGCGCCCACCACCCAGAGAGGCUUGGCAUGGAGAGCUGCUCGGCUACUCCGUCACUUGCACCGAGACAAAUCCAGCUGGACCUCCGCUUAGAAACUCCACCAGAACAUUAACAGUAAACGGGUGGUCAGCUACAGAACUAAGUCUGUCAGCUCUGAGGAAGUUCACUCGGUACGAGGUGCGAGUGAGAGCGUUCAACGGAGUCGCUGCCGGACCCGCCUCCGCCCCAGUGUCGGCUACCACUUUAGAAGGAGUUCCCGAGUCUCAUCCCACUCACCUGACGUGCUCACCACUAUCGUCAUCAAGCGUGAAGGUGUCGUGGAACCCGCCGCCGAUCGGCCAACACGGCGGCCUCAUACAAGGAUACAAAGUGAUUUACUCACCCCUCACGACUGACCAUGAUGUGGGCGAGAUUAAGCGAGUGACCACAACAGACACUUACUUACACACUCUGAGGAAGUACACCAACUACUCCAUACAAGUCCUUGCAUUCACCAACGCGGGGGACGGCAAACGCAGCCCGCCAGUCUACUGCAUGACGGAAGAAGACGUACCAUCAGCUCCUGAGAUGAUCAAGGCCCUGGCGUUCUCGAGCGACUCGGUACUGGUCAGCUGGCUCCCUCCCGUGCUUCCUAAUGGGAUCAUAUCCCACUACACCGUCUAUUACAGAGAAGCGGGACGAUUGGGCAAGCAUUCCAGCUUCACAGUUGCAGCUGACAAGCAGACUGACGGUGAGCUGAUGUUCCAAGUACGGAAUCUGCUGGAGAACCAGCUGUACGAGUUCUGGGUGUCCGCCACCACGGGCUCAGGCGAGGGAGAGUCCACGCCAGUGGUAGGACAAGGACCUAGUUCUAGAAUCCCGGCGCGCAUCGCGUCGUUCGGCCGCGUGGUGUCGGCGGGCGCGGGCGGCGCGCUGGAGCUGCGCUGCGCAUGCGUGGGCGCGCCGCCGCCGCGCUCGCGCUGGGCGCACGCGCGCGCGCCCGUCACGCACCACGCCUACUACCAGGUCACGCACCGCGGACAUCUGCACAUACGCGAGGUUAACGAGCAAUCAUCAGGCAACUUCACAUGCACGGCCAGUAACACCAUCGGUGAAGACUCGAUAGUGUACGUGGUGGUAGCUAUCCUGCCACCAGUCGCACCGGCUCUUAAGCUGCAAUACACCACCACCUCUAGCAUCAAACUGCACUGGCAAUUACCUGGGGAUAUGUCCGAACCUAUUUUAGGGUACCUCCUGAACUACAAGCAAGCGUCUGAGACCGAGUGGUACACGGUGGAGCUCUCGCCAGAGGUCACCUCCUACACCAUGGAUAUGCUCAAAUGUGGUACCACAUAUAACGCGAAGAUACAAGCACGAAACAAGAUAUCGAUAGGGCCCCCUAGUGAACUCCUUACUGCUACUACCAGAGGAGGACGACCCAAGCCCCCCAAGCCCGAAGACCACGUAUAUAUGAACUCCACAGCCAUAAAGAUUAACUUCUACGCGUGGCGUGACGGUGGCUGUCCUAUACUAGGCUUCAGAGUGUCUUAUCGAAGAGCUGGGACCGAGCAUUGGAUCAAGGUGGGCGACGGGUUGAGCUCGGCGAGUCACGUGAUCGGCUCCCUCACCCCCGGCACGUGGUACGAGGUGUGCGUGGAGGCCUACAGCGACGCAGGGGUCGAGAGGGUCACCCUUCACGCUGACACGCAUACUUUAGCUGGAGGCCGUAUCCCGCCUCUGAAGCCGUCGUCCCCUCUGUCGGGCGGGUCCCGGCCGGCGUCGCUGCGCACGGUGCUGGUGUCGUGCGUGGCGAGCGCUGUGGUCAUCGUCGUCACGCUCGCUGCUAUAGUCUGCCUCGUACAUGGGAAGAAGAAAUUCUUCUGCAUAUCUAGUGACCACUACAUGAGAGAUGACAGAAAGCUGAGUGAGAGCAACGAAGCGGAACGGGAGAAGCUGAGGGAAGGGCAGAAGUUGUAUUCCUCUUCAUCCAUCAACGGCAAUGAGAAGUCUAAUGAUGAUUCCUCUGCGGAGUUGUACGAGAUCAGUCCGUACGCGACGUUCGGCGUGUCGGCGGCGCACUCGCUGCAGUUCCGCACGCUGGCGCGCCGCGACGACGACGCCGCGCCGCCGCACCGCCGUCGCCACCGCGCCUGCGACCACUACCGAUAUGACGAGUCGAGCCUGUCUAAAUGCUCGACAGUGGAGGCGCGCCACCGCAUGCGCGCCGCGUGCGCCGCGCCGGGGGCGGCCGGGCCCGGGGGCGCUGGGCCGGCGGCGGGCGCGGGGGGCUGGCGCGACCGCGACGCGCACACCGACUCCGACGACAACAGCGACAGCGCCGCCAACACCACCACCAAGGGCAAGUAUCCGUAACAUUGCCCCACAGGAUAGCAGCGCCGCGAUAUAAUACCUUUUUGCGUA